AUGAGGGAGGUUCAAACUGAGGAAGAAUUGGAACAGGCUAUCAAGGAAAGCGAAACAAGGUUGAUGAUAUUAGAUUUUUUUGCGGAUUGGUGUGGCCCGUGUAAAAGGGUCGCUCCAGAACUGGACAAAAUUUGUGAGGAAUGGGAGGAUGUUUUAUUUGUAAAACUAAAUGUGGAUGAGUUAGAGUCCGCAGCUGAAACGUAUGCCAUAGCAGCAAUGCCUACAUUUAUUGCAUUCAAAGGCGGUGAGAAAGUGGACGAAGUUGUUGGUGCAAACUUAGAUAAACUAAGAGAGAUGAUUGAAAAGUAUAAAGCCAGACAUUUUCGGUAUUCACAUCAAUCCGUCAAUCUUCAAAACUCUUAUCAUCCAAGAAUGCAUAACUAUAUCUAUUCAGUACUCAUGCUUUGUUCAGUUAUGUUAAUGAUAAGUGAAGCGAUUGUUCUGACUGAAAAAAAUCGUGAAACAUUAGUAGAUUGUUUACAAACUUGCCAAUAUGCAUUUAUGACAUGUGAAUAUAAAUGUUCCAUGAUUAAUUUCUGUAAAAUUAUUUGCGACAAAACUGUUUAUGAAUGUCAAAAAUCUUGUUAUAUUGAAGCAUUCAAUGCUAAUCAAACACUUUGA